GAGCGCGCGGCCGAGCCGAGCGGCGCAGGCGCAAAGCAGAGGCUGCCGGGAACGCGCGGCCGGGCGGAAGUGGCCGCCCGCCCGUCCGGCCCUGCGCAGCGAGGCGGCCGCCCGCGGGCACUGGAGCCAGGCCCGCAGCCGGUUCCGCCUGGUGCUUAGUCUGAUGCCCAUCCAGCCCUCUGACCACCUGGAAUGGAAUGAGCCUAUGCACUCCCUCCGGAUAAGUGUGGGGGGACUUCCUGUGCUGGCGUCCAUGACCAAGGCUGCAGACCCCCGCUUCCGCCCCCGCUGGAGGGUGAUCCUGACAUCCUUCGUGGGUGCUGCCCUCUUCUGGCUGCUGUACUCCCACCGCCCGGCCCCAGGCAGGUCCCUCACUCACAAUGCACACAACUGGAGACUUGGCCAGAUGCCUGCUGUCCACUACAAUGACACCUACCCCCUGUCGGCCCCCCAGAGGACAUCAGGCGGGCUUCGGUACCGCAUUGCAGUCAUUGCUGACCUGGACACAGAGUCCAAGGCCCAGGAGGAAAACACCUGGUUCAGUUACUUGAAGAAGGGCUAUCUGACCCUGUCGGACAGUGGGGACAAAGUGACUGUGGAGUGGGACAAAGACCAUGGGAUCCUAGAGUCCCACCUGGCAGAAAAGGGAAGGGGCAUGGAGCUCUCCGAUCUGGUCGUCUUUAAUGGGAAACUUUACUCCGUGGACGACCGCACGGGGGUCAUCUACCAGAUCGAAGGCACCAAGGCUGUGCCCUGGGUGAUUCUGUCCGAUGGCGAUGGGACCGUGGAGAAAGGCUUCAAAGCCGAGUGGCUGGCAGUGAAGGAUGAGCACCUGUACGUGGGCGGCCUGGGCAAGGAGUGGACCACCACCAACGGGGAGGUGAUGAACGAGAACCCCGAGUGGGUGAAGGUGGUGGGCCACAGGGGCAGCGUGGACCACGAGAACUGGGUGUCCAGCUACAAUGCUCUGAGGGCUGCUGCUGGGAUCCGACCGCCAGGCUACCUCAUUCAUGAAUCUGCCUGCUGGAGCGACACCCUGCAGCGCUGGUUCUUCCUGCCGCGCAGGGCCAGCCACGAGCGAUGCAGCGAGAAUGAGGACGCACAGGGCACCAACCUCCUCCUGAGCGUGGCCCAGGACUUUGGGGACAUCUCCGUCAGCCGCGUUGGGGAGGUGGUCCCCACACACGGCUUCUCAUCCUUCAAGUUCAUCCCCAACACUGAUGACCAGAUCAUUGUGGCCCUCAAGUCUGAAGAGGACACGGGGGUCAUCGCCAGCUACAUCAUGGCCUUCACGCUUGACGGGCGUGUCCUCCUCCCAGAGACCAAGAUCGGGAGUGUGAAGUACGAAGGAAUAGAGUUCAUAUAGAUUAAAACGCUCCCACGCCCAGCAAGGCAAAGGGGCGGCCUCGGGUUCUGUAAGCCCUGGAGGACAGCUCUUCUAUCUUCUUCUCUUUGUAACCAAGAGGUGUGUGCCUGGCUUAGGGGUCUCCAGAGCAGGGGUUCAGUCCCGGGUCUGGAGCAGCCCGAGUUCAGUUCUGUGAGCAGCUGGGAGGCCUCCCCAGCCCCGGCCAGAUCCCCGUUCUGCACUGCCUGCUGCUGUGGGGAUGGAUCGCUGCAGGCGCCUUGACCCGUCUCCAGGUUCUGCCACCCUCUCUUCCGUCUGGCCUCCCUUUCUUGCCUUUGCCUGUGUUCUCCAUGUAAGCAGUGCUUCAGGAGCACCUGGGGCAGUUGAGCAGGUGCGCUGUCCUGGAAACCAUGGUGAGUGCGAGGUGGGCCUGCCCACAAGGAGCUCCCGGCUACCCCUCAUCUUCCUCUCAAACCCUGGCGUUCAUUCUGUGUGCCCCAAAGACCCCUGGAAAGCCAAUGUUUAUACUGCAGAACGCAUGGAGCAUGGCGGCCUCUGGGAACACCUGCCUGCUGCUGAUUAGCACCCUGCAAGGUUGCUCCCAGCCAUCCCCACAGCCAGGGACCCUACUUCCUCCCUUCAGGAAUGUUCUGUGGCUGUGUAGCACUGUGACAUUUUAAAAAUUAUUAACUUAUUUGACUAAAGUAGUUUCCUCUCUUAUCAAACAGAAUUACCAAAUCUCAUCCCACAGAGCAAAGUCACAGGGAAUAAACUAACUGCCAGCAGCAGGAGAUUGUCCCUAACAGCCACAGGCAACAAAGCCAGCUUGCAGUGCUAACAGAGCCCUGGCUCUCUACCGUCCUCCACAGCUCUCAGAAAGCCCCUGCCCUUCAGGACUCACAGAUGACUUGAAUGUUUCAUUCCCUGACCCAGAGGCACCUAGGUUCUGGCAGGCCGACCACAGACCCUCCAUCAGGCUGCUUUGUCCUGGAGAUUGUCCUGCCAUUUCCUGGGUCCUCCUGGCCUUCCUUUUCCUCCCUGGGGGAGUUUUGCGGCCUCCUGUCCAUGGGAGCUUCACAUAGACCUUGGCUCUUCCUUGGUCCCUGUUUUUUCUUCUCAGUGCUCCGGGGAUGUUGGGGACAGGUUAGCAGGACUAUGCCAGGAAGGGAUGAGUCCAUUCAUCAUGCCAUCCCCGCCUGGCCACCUCACCCUGUGACAUGCCCCAAAGCAGCACAGAGGCUCCAUGGUGGGCGGGAGGACUCUUGGCUGCACCUGGCCCUGUGCUGACCCUCACAGACUUCUACUUGGAAACUGGGACAGCCACCAGGCAGGCUGUGGUGAGACCAUCUUGCACAGAUCGGUCCUCCUGCUGUAGGAGAAGCAGCAGAGCAAAGACACAUGACUGAAUGUGAUGUUCUCCAGAGCUGGGCUUCCAUGGGCACAGCCAGUGACCCCAGUCUCUUCUGCCUUUGCCUGGUGGACCUCUGAGCUGCCACCCUCAUGAGCGUCAAUGCCAUUAGAGCUGUGUUAUUUAAGACAGAAUCAGAAAGUCCAGAGUCUGGGAAGUCACUGGCUUCAGACCCUCCUGAUGUGCUCUGUGACCCCAAGCCCCAGGCCAGGCGUUUCACUGAGUGAUUUUCAGAGAUCUUGAAGCCAGCCUUUCCCUGUCCCUCUGUGUUCGCUGCUAUCAGCGUGAUGAUUGUGUCCCUUCCCUUCGUCCAUUUGUUUUAUAACAAUAAAGUGUCAGGGGAACUUGA